UCUCCUUAGGCUUCAACGCUUUGCAAUUUUUAGGGUUGUUGUGCCUGAAGGUUCAUUGUUUGUGGGGGCUUUCAGGCAUGCAAGGCUCUGAAGCUCCAGAAUCCAUGGCGGUCAACCAGGCCCAAGCUCAAACCAGGCCGAAGUUCGAAUCCUUAAAGGCCCAUGAGAUGAGCGAUGGGAGGGUUCAGUGUCGGAAGGUUUCGGUGCCUGCACAUAGGUUCACUCCUUUGAAGAAAGCAUGGAUGGAAAUUUACACUCCUGUGUAUGAGCAAAUGAAGAUUGAUAUUCGGAUGAACCUCAAGGCUAGAAGGUGGAACUAAAGACACGAUCAGACACACCAGACAUCAGCAACCUUCAGAAAUGUGCAGAUUUUGUACAUGCAUUAUGCUCGGGUUCGAUUUACCUGAUGCCAUUGCCCUUUUGAGGCUUGAUGAUCUCUAUGUUGAUUCUUUUGAGAUUAAAGAUGUCAAGACUUUGCGAGGUGAGC